CACCGGGACCGGGACCGGGACCAGCAGCAGCAGCAGCAGCAGCAGCGGCGGGAGCCGCCGGCGGGGGCGGCAGCUUCAUGUUUCCCGUGGCGGGCGGACUGGGGCCUCCUCAAGGUAUGAUGGCUUUGCAGCCACAGGGGUUUCCAAUGGUCUCUGUCAUGCAGCCGAACAUGCAGGGUAUGAUGAGAAUGAAUUACAGUUCUCAGAUGUCUACAGGACCUAUGUCUAUGCAGGGUGGAAUUCCCAUGGGACCGAUGCCAGCAGGAGGAUUGUCGUACAUGGGGCAAGCGCCUUUCCUGGGAAUGCGUCCCCCGGGCCCCCAAUACACCCCUGACAUGCAGAAACAAUUUGCAGAAGAGCAGCAAAAACGGUUUGAGCAUCAGCAGAAGCUGUUGGAAGAAGAAAGGAAAAGGCGCCAGUUUGAAGAGCAGAAACAGAAGCUCAGACUUUUGAGCAGUGUAAAGCCCAAGACAGGAGAGAAGAGCAGAGAUGAUGCUUUGGAGGCCAUCAAAGGAAACUUAGAUGGAUUUUCCAGAGAUGCUAAGAUGCACCCUACUCCAGCCUCGCACCCCAAGAAAACAGAUUGUCUCCCAUCAUCCCAUUCCACCGUAACUGUCUCCCAAACCUCUGCCUUUAUCGACGAAGACGAAUUCAGUGACUUUCUGCACGGGCCCGUUGAAAUCCCUCCAUUUGGGACUCCAACCUCUUCUCGGCCUUUUCAGUCUUUCCACCCCAGCACCCUGACUGGCCAGUUGCUUUCUGCGAAGGCCGUGAGCCAGCCUCUCCCUCCAGUACAGGUGCCAAUGUCUGCCGCCCAGCCCGGUGCCUCUGGGCCGCUAACUUUUUUCUCUACCGCUUCAACCUCCCUCAGUCCCCAGAAAACAGGCCUCUCACUGGAGGAGAAGCUCUUAACCUCUUGUGAUUUAAGUCCGCCCGGGCAGAGGCAAAUUAAAUCUAAUUUGCCCCAAGCCUCAACCUCAGCCGCCAGUAAGAGUCACCCCGGUUUCCCGGCCUCUGGCGGGGGUGUCUUAGGUGGCCAUGUCGGCGGCCGUGCCCCUGCGGAGGCAGAAAAGGCUUCAGACCCAAACAUAGUAGCGGUUGAAGAGAGUGGUGUUGGUGUGUAUCCGUCACAGGACCCAAUCCAGCCCAUGAUGCCUUCUUGGAUUUACAAUGAGAACUUGGUCCCAGAUCUUUAUAAGAAGAUUUUAGAAACCACUAUGACCCCCACUGGAAUAGAUACUGCUAAACUCUAUCCCAUUCUGAUGUCAUCUGGACUUCCCAGGGAAACACUAGGACAGAUAUGGGCCUUAGCCAAUCGCACCACGCCUGGAAAACUUACAAAAGAAGAACUUUAUACUGUUCUGGCUCUGAUAGCGGUAACUCAGCGAGGGAUGCCACCCAUGAGUCCGGAUGCUCUGGGCCAGUUCCCAACUGCCCCUGUCCCCACGCUAAGUGGCUUCCCUCUGGCUCUUCCCGGCCCGGUGAAUCAACAGGGGUUGAUGCCUUCGGGCUCCACGGCCUCGAGGCCUCUUAGCAUCCCGCAACCGGUCCUUGGGAUUACCGUCUCCGCGACAGCCGGGGGAGCCUCAGCCCAGGUUUCCGCUGCCUUCAUCUCUCCCUUCCCCGCAAACCAGGGGGCGAAACAAGAAGAGGAUGAUUUCCAGGAGUUUCAAGAUGCUUCAAAGUCAGGGUCACUUGACGAUCCAUUCGCGGAUUUCCACGCAGAGGUGACGGCGCCUUCGAUAAUGGCCGGCUCUCAGCCCCUGAGCAGUGCCCCGUCAUUGUUGGUGCCAUUUCCUGGAACAAAAUCAUUAUCUACAACAGAUAAAUAUGCGGCAUUUAAAGGAAUUGCAACUAAUAAACCCUCAGAAAGCGGCGCUCCAUUUGGAGAAUGUGAAGACAGAUACAGCGCUUUCCGCGAGUUGGAGCAGCCUGCCGAAAACAAGUCCUUAGGAGACAGCUUCGCCGAGUUCAGAUCCGCAGGCGCCGACGACGGUUUCACAGACUUUAAAACCGCCGACAGCGUCUCCCCGCUAGAGCCACCAGUGAAAGACAGAACCUUUCCGGCCCCCUUUCCUCCGUUCCCCCUCCAGCAGAAGCAACCCCUCAACCUGGCGGAGCUGGAUAUGUUUUCCUCGGUCGGUCCCCCCGGGGAGAAAUCCCUUCCGUUCCCGGCGCCUCUUAGCUCAACCAAACCGGUAUCUGCGGCCACCGCUGCUGCUCCGACCGCUCCGUCAGGAGCCGCCAAAAAUUCCAGUCUAGCCGACGACUUUGGGGAGUUCAGCCUCUUCGGGGGGUACUCUAACUGUGCGUCGGUUAGCGGGCAGGACGAUUUUGCAGACUUCAUGGCCUUCAACAACGGCCGGGGGUCGUCCGAGCCAAAGGCGGACGACAGAGGCCACGCUCUCCGCGAGGAAGCCCGUCCCCUUCCCCCGACCGACGGCUCGAGCGACGCGGCGAGGGACGCCGGGGAGAACCCGACCGCCCCGUCGACUAAAUACGACGUCUUCAGGCAGCUGUCUCUGGAGGGCUCGGGGUUGGGCUUGGAGGAACCCAAAGAGGGCUCCCCUUCCGUGAAGAGCGACGACGACUUUGCCGACUUCCACGCCAACAAAUGCUCCUCCGCCGCGGGCGGCUCCGAGAAAGCGGCGGCUUUCCGGCACGCCAAAGAAGACUCCGCUUCCGUCAAGUCCCUGGAUCUCCCGUCUAUCGGGGGCAGCAGCGUCGGCAAGGAGGACUCGGAAGACGCCCUCUCCGUGCAGUUUGACAUGAAACUGGCCGACGUGGGAGGAGAUCUUAAGCAUGUCACGUCAGAUAGCUCUUUGGAUUUGCCAAUGGUUAGUGGCCAGAAUCUGCCUGCAGCAGAUCUAGAGGACUUAAAAUGUGCUUCCUUUGGCAUCUACGGCGGUGGCCCGACCGUGAGCUCCUUCCCGAGCUCCUGUUGGUCGGACAGGGAUGACCCAGUGGAGGUCAGGAAGCUCUCUCCCUUGUUCUCCUCAGCAGGAGGGGAGGCCUCGCUGGCUGCCUCAGCCCUUCAGAAGGAGGAGGGUUCGUUCGGCGGGGCCGAGAGCGUCGCCACGACCACGGUAUCCAAAGGGGCGACCUUUCUGAGCGACGACCAUCGUCCGGAGGCGGUCAGCUUCAAGGACGGCUUCCCCCAGUCUGCCGGACAGAGGGACGCCAACGGCGGAGAACUCCUCGAUUUCUCCGUGCCCCCGUCGGAAGACCCCCCGGACGGCCCGGCCGCCGCGGGUCUCCGGCCGGCCCCUCGUGACGGGUCCCAGGAAUCCCUGACCGAAUGCCCCGAUGACUUUGGGGAGUUCCAGAGUGAAAAGCCUAAAAUCAGCAAAUUUGACUUCCUCUUGGCCCAUUCACAGAACAAAAUGAAAUCUAGUGAAGAAAUGAUCAGGAGUGAGCUGGCUACUUUUGAUCUCUCCGUUCAAGGGUCUCAUAAGAGAAGCCUGAGUCUCGGCGACAAAGAAAUAAGCCGCUCCACCCCGUCCCCGGCUCCGGAGCAACCUUUCAGAGACCGCUCCAACACCGUGAGCGAGAAGCCCGCCGCGCUCCCUGUCAUCCGGGACAAGUACAAGGAUCUCACUGGGGAAGUGGAGGAAAGUGAGAGAUAUGCCUAUGAAUGGAAGCGGUGUUUGGGGAGUGCGUUAGAGGUUAUUAAGAAGGCAAAUGACACCUUAAAUGGAAUCAGUAGUUCAUCUGUUUGCACUGAAGUAAUUCAGUCAGCCCAAGGCAUGGAAUAUUUAUUAGGUGUGGUCGAGGUGUAUCGGGUGACGAAGCGGGUGGAACUGGGGAUAAAGGCUACGGCCGUGUGCAGCCAGAGCCUCCAGCAGCUGCUGAAGGACAUCGAUAAAAUAUGGAACAACCUGAUUGGAUUCAUGUCCCUGGCCACCCUCACGCCGGACGAAAAUUCCCUGGACUUCUCUUCCUGUAUGCUCCGUCCCGGAAUUAAAAACGCUCAGGAGCUCGCCUGUGGGGUGUGUCUGCUGAACGUUGACUCGAGAAGCAGGAAAGAAGAGAAACCUGCCGAAGAGCAUCCUAACAAAGCGUUCAACUCGGAGACGGACAAUUUUAAGCUAGCCUACGGCGGGCACCAGUACCACGCCAGCUGUGCCAACUUCUGGAUCAACUGUGUGGAACCCAAGCCUCCCGGCCUCAUUCUCCCCGACCUGCUGUGAGCGGAUGUGGGCUCUGGGAGGGAUUCGGUGGAGCACUGGAAAGGGAGCACUGGCGGCGGCACCGUGGACUCGAGAGCCGAAGAGGGACCUCCCCCCUCCGGAAAAGGCCCUGCCUAAAGUGCGGUGUGGGAGCAGUCGGCGGCUACGUAUCCAGUUCCCUUAACGCUUUGCUCUACGGACUACGGUUUUCUCUCCGAAGAGGAAUUGGCCGCAGCGGUAUUAAAUCUGUCAAAGUAAAUUAUUGUCAUAGAAUAGAAUUGUGGUAGAAUAGAACUUCCGCGAGCCUGUACUUCUUUAUAGAAAAACUGUCCUGCGUGAGCUCAUCCGCGUAUCGACGUCCUUAGUUAAGUAAAGGGCUGAAUAAGAAAGGGAAUUAAAAAAGCCGGCGCGGGGGGUGGGGGUCGACUCGACUCCGGGAGGACCGUGAGUAGGGGCUUACAGACUUCACAAUUUGGCUAGUUAGAAUGACCACCCGGUGGCUUUAGAGGAUUGCCCCUCGGGGGGAGAUUUGCCCGGAAAGAGGGCCGCCCCGCCAUGCCACAUGCGACCAGUCUGGGUAGAGAGGGAACCAGUUUGUUGGCAGUGGUGGGGACUGCCACCGGCUUAAAUGUGGAAAUCCUGAAACGCCCUCACACUGGAGGGCGGUGAGGCCCCCCGACAACAUGGAGAGUAGUGUGCGUGUGUGUGUGUGUGUGUGUGUGUUGACGGCAGGAGGAGCGUGUCGUGGGGGCUGUCCGGCAAUGAUGACUCCAAAAGGACCCGCAACUGUGAAGAGUCCUCCGUUGAACCGAAAGCAGUGAAUCAGAAAACCAAAUCAAGUUGGGAAACGUUACCAGUUCUGGGAUGGUGUUUUUUGGUUGUUGUUUUUUUUCCAACCUCCCAAUUUGAGAGAUUGCGGAGGGAUUUCAAAUCCCACUUAAGUGCCGUGUGUGCUCGGUUAGAUGAUUUAAGCUUCUCGGGCCUUCACUCCAUUUUGCUGUCGACAAACUGAAGCGGUGAUGCUUAUGUAACUGCGGAGUUUACGGCAUUAAUUGAGUUAAUGCUUUCUCCUGGCAGAUCUGAAGGGAACUGUACUUUCCUCUGACAAGUCGAGCUUUUUAUGGAAUGGGCUAGGUCUUUUUUGGGGCAUUUGUGUGCGUGUGUGUGUGUGUACGCACGCUGACUUGCUGGCAGUGAAUUGGAAUUGGCAGGAUUGGUUAAUAAGAUUACCGUUUCUGGCUUGCAAACAGAACUCUAAUGAGCCCACGGUUUACCAGUUUUCCCAAGUAAGGUAACCGGCAUUCUGCCUAUCCUGAGUCCCGUUUGAAUGUUAUUUAGGCCCCAGAAUUUGAAAAAGUGUCUCACUAGCCAUGGAGGUUACAGGUGGACGCUUCUCACUGCACCUGUACCAUCGCUGUAUGGCCCAGUAGUCGUUCAGAGCUAAUACUGUUCUUUUCACUCUGCUUCCUUAUUAGGCAAAUCAGUCUCCUCACCCCUGGAUAGAAGUUAGAAUACCUGGAAAAGACAUUUCUAGGUCUCUAAACUUGCCCUUCCCAAAGAAUGAACUAAGUUUGUUCACCUCUUGGGAAGCGCAGAUGCAGAAAUAUCAGUGGAUAUCAGUAAGUACUUAUUGCUUGGACCCACAGCAUUGAAAGCUCUAAUUUUCUCCCUGGAAAUGUUUUUCUGCAAGUAGCCACUGAUAAAUAAAAAGUAUCAUCUUGCCUGCCUGUCAACUUAGGUGUCACCUACGUUCCGAUGACUCAGUUUUGCUUUUAUCCUCCCUGUAGUUAUGUGAUUAAGGGAGAAACAAUCGCCUUGAAAACUAUAACCAAGGUUACCAUCUUUAGUGUGCACUGACAACCGCAGCUCGUUGUUUGGCUGCAGAAUAACUAAACCCUUUUGGAGGUAAAUCGCUUUUUUGACUUCAGUACUAUAUUUAGAAUCGCUUUGAAUUGUUUUCUUUCUGUCACUGAGCUAUGUCCCCAAACUGGGAUCUGCUUUUUAGCAUUCCGGUGAAGUUGCAUGUUUCAAUUUUAGAUGUCUUGGUGGUAGAUAGAGGUUUGUUUCAUCACCGGAGUGUGUUUUGAGAAGACUCUUUAGUUUUCGAAAACUUAAAUUUACUGCUGAACUGCAGGAAUCGCUGGUGUCGUUCUAAAGCCUUUUACACAAUGAACUUUCCAUGAAUUCAGCUAUUCUACUCUCGGAAACUAGCUGAGUUAUUUAUGGUUUAAGAAGGAACUUUACAUUCUGCUUUAUUCCAUUCCAGUGGCUCUUAAUGAAAGAUGCUAUUGUAUUUACGUACUUUCCUAACUUUCCUAAGGCAUUACUAAGUCUGAGAUCUUACAACUGAGAAUUGGAAUCACAGAAACAUUAAUAUAUGAGAAUAUUCUUUUAGGUAGUUGUCUUGCAUCUAAAUAGAAUAAAUAAAAUGAGUGUCCUAAGCUAACUGCUGCAUUGUGAACUUAUGGUAGUGAAAAGUGGUUUUAUAGCAUAUGAGUGUCUGUGGUGAACUUAGUCUGAAUUGUAAAUAGCAUAGCUUUUUAUUACUUUACAUUUUACUAAAUGUUUGUCCUAACUCGUU